UGUUAGACUGAAGGGUAGAAUGAAUGUUUCUGGAGUACCAAUCUUUACCACCAGAACGCACAGACAGCUUUUCUUUGGUACAAUUACAAGUACUGUUUCUGAGUUCUUGACUGUUCUUGACGUCCUUGACCAUACUUAACAAGCUUGAGAACUGAGAAUAUUGAGAACGUACGUCAUGUAGAUGGUGUCCGGUGGAUGAGGUGUAGUUUGCGUCGUCUGAGUGGUCUGAGAGGAUACUGGACGUUACCGGAAUCGUAGAUGCUGACAGACGCGUUUCAUACAUGAUGGGGCAGUCAAGACUGGAAGUAAAUCUUCGGCGAUUACUGUCUCAGUGUGAAAGUAUGGCUAAAGAAGAUCCUCUGAAGGACUGGAGGUUGGAUAAGUACGUUGCUGCCCUUGAUGAAAUGGUAAUAAAUCUUCAGAAACUUCCAAACAAACUCAGCAAGGAUACCAUGGCUGAAUAUGUCAGACGGAUCUUGUUUCUGAAGGGAAUAAUUGAGACACAUAAAUUGACAAAUCCUGCAGAAAAAGUUGCAGCUACACAGCUACUUUCUUAUGGACCAGCAACAUCAUCAGAAGCGAUUACUAAAGAAAUCCAUCAGACUACCACUUCAAAAUAUACUAGAGAGCUUAGGGAUCAGCUUUUCCAAAACGAAAAAAUUUUAGGGACAGAAGAUCGUUUGAGACAAAGGAAGCAAAAGUCUACUGGGGAAGAUCUGGAUGCAUUGCUCAAGUACCACCAUUCAAUGCAAGAAAAGAUUGCAGAUGACAUGUUGUUGCUGGCUCGAAACCUCAAGGAGCAGUCACAGUUAGCAAGCAGUAUUAUUAGAAAAGACACAGAGACAGUAGAGAAGUCAUCACACAUCGCAGACCACAAUUUCUCAAGCCUGAAGGUAGAAUCAGAGAGACUGGAGGAACACAGUCAACGUGCUUGCAAGUGUUGGAUAUGGGUUAUGAUUCUUGUUGUCAUAAUUAUUUUUAUCUGUAAGUUGUUAACUGUAAUAAGUACAAAAUAUUUGUAAUGCAGUUAUAGUUAUUUAUUCUUUCUGUGGAUUGUGUGAUAUUCAGGUAUAUUAGAAGUGGGGUACUAUUCAUACUAAUUUAGUGUUCUGUCAUGAGUCUGGGGUUUCAGUGGGUUGGUUGAGUGGAUUGUGGGUUUUGGAGCCAUUGAUUGUGGAAUAAGUGAUGCUAAGAAAUUGAGCUUGAAGUAAUGGUGUGGUGUUAGUGUAAAACCCCAUUUGUUAAAGAUUUUUUCUCCACAGCAUAACAGUACUACUGCCCAAGGUGGGAUGGCACCAACUUCUGUUCAGAACAGAGUGGUGUUGGACAUGGAUUAGACAGUGCUCCAAAACAGGGAGUGAUCUAUAUGGCAUUUUGUUGAGGACAGCAUGUGUUGUAGAAUAUUCUAUUCAUUUGUUGAAGUAGGGCCGUACUUGUAGACCAUGCCUCAUACUUUGCCUUCAUUUGUCGGUCUUUUGCUGGUCUAACUAGGUGGUAGACUUAGAAAUAUGAGUACAUACAUCAACAUGUUGCUGCUGCAUUUUAAGUGUAAUAUAGCUUGUUUAGAGUCUGUUUAGAAUAACAUCAGAUAACAUCAAGUUACAACAUGGAUGUUACAGUUACAGGAUAAUGAUUACUAGCAUUAUAACAUUAAAUAUCUACAAGCAGCAAUAAUAGACAUAAUACCAGUACAGAUCAGAAAUGUCAGUGUCCUUAUUCAGACAUUGACAACAUACAUAUAUGAAAUGUCCAUGUGCAGUGGUAGAAUCAUACUAUUCGUGCUGAAUAUGGAGUUUUUUUUUACUUUUAUUGAUUGGUUGAUGGCUCUGUGCUUCACAGUGACCAGUGCACUGCUGGCUGUGAGGCGCAUAUGAAUUUUACCAAUGAAUAAGCAUGUCUGAUGGCCGAUAAUGUUUAGAAUGAAGGGAAGUAAUUAACUUGUGGACAGCUUGAUGGCAUUAUGUUUCAUGGCAAGCAGUGUGGUUCAUGUGUGGGAGUUUGUUUAUGAUUUGUCAGCAGCAGGCAACAGCUACCAGCUCUGUUAGCCAUUUGUUCUCACUGACAGUAAGCAGUGUAGUAUGUCAUGGAGCGAUAUACUUUAGAGCAACAUAUAUUUCUGUAUGACAUCUAUGUAAAAUAUGGAUCUGCUAGAAGAUGUUGGUGAAAAUUUUGACGUAAAUUUCAUGAUGUAAGAGGAGACAAACAAUUCACAAUUCAGUGACUAAAUGUAGAACAACAGGACUCUUAAUAGACAAGAGCAUUUGCUUACUGAGGAGAAAUUAUAUGACAUAAGGGGCAGACAUGAAUAUACACCUAGAAAAUCAGCGAAAUGUCUAGCUCAAGAGACUGGAGUGUCAAAGUCUAGUGCAAGAACGGCAAUAGAUAUUGCUGAAACUUAAACCCUAUAAAACAACAAGAAUACACACAAUGCAGCCACGUUAUCUAACUAGCAGGGUUCACUUUUGCAGUUGGUUUCUACAGUCUGUCAUCAAAGGUGAGAUCAAUCCACUAUUUACACUUUCUUCUGAUGAAGCAUGGUUUCAGUUGCAGGGAUGCAUAAGUACACAAAAUAAUUCCUACAGAUACCAUAUCUAAUCCAUGAAGGCCUGCUCCAUCCAGUAGAAGUUGGUGUCUGGUGUGCUGUAAGUGCAAGGAGGAUUGUUUUGCCUGUGUUUUUAAUGAAACAAUUAAUUGUGAAAGGUUCAUAGAAAGACAGCAUUUUCAACACCUCGUGUUAUCUGUGGAUUGUAACUAUUUCAUUCUAAAUUAUAUCGACUCUCAUGCAUGCAGGUUCUUUGGGAAAAUCUGAGUGCGCCUCACAGCAAGCGUGCCCCAUUCAUUGUGAAGCGCAGAGCCAUAGAACCAGUCAAUAAAGUAAAAAUCCUCCCUGUAGAAACAAAGAGAACAUGACGUUCUAGUGUUGUACUGGAAGACUAGAGAAAUUUCUGUCAAUUAUACCAUUAUAUCUGAAGGUGUCAGAGGGUUAUAUUUAUAGGGUAGGGACUUUAAUGUGGAAGGACACAGGUACAUGAAUAUAUAUAUAUAUUUUUUUUUUCUUUCUGAUAUGCUGAUUUUCAUGAAGUUUAUGAAGAAAAAGUCUUAGUGAUGUAAACUGGACAGCAUUUAUUGAAAUUACUUUUAAGACCUAUUUCUGUGGUGUGAUACUAUUAUUUUUAAAAUUACAAUCUUUCAACACUCAUAUAAAAUGUUCUGUCACAUGAAAAUGGCACAGUAAAGGCAGAAAGUAAUGCAUUUCCAUUUCCAUGAUUUAUGUGAGAUUUCGCUGAUUGUAGUUACUUAUAUAGCAAUCCAUUGCCAUCCACAGGGUUAAUGUUUCUGAAAAACAUUGGCAAGACAGAGGUCUUAUCACAAAUAAAAUUUUCAGAA